GUGGUUUCAGUAUUUCUGGCAACGUACACAUUUACGUUCGUUGGAUGUGCGUCGCUUUAUAUGGAAAAGCGAGGCGAAGUCACGUUUAUAGGCGUCUGUCUUGCAUUGGGUGGAAUGGUUACGGCGAAUAUAUACACGUAUGGACACAUAUCAGGCGCUCACAUCAAUCCGGCUAUCACAUUCGCUUAUGCUGUUGUCGGCCAAUUCCCAUGGAAGCAGGUUCCGUUUUAUUUUUUGGGCGAGUUUGUAGGAUCCAUAAUGGCGAGCUUAACAUUAAAAUGGAUUUUUGAUGGGGAAAGUCCGGAGUUGAUGCUAACCCAACCGGCUGAGCUGAAUCCUGCAAGUGAUCUUAAGGUGUUAGUUUUGGAGGUCAUCAUCACUUUCAUCUAUGCCUUGAAUAAUUGUAGUUCCAGAAUGGAUUCAAGAGGGUUUAAAGAGCUCGGUGGAGUGGCUGUUGGAAUUACUGUCUUCUCUCUUGCCUUGGUUGUUGGAAAAGUUACUGGAGCUUCAAUGAAUCCAGCAAGAUCACUUGGCCCAGCAAUCGUAGUAUGGAAUUUUCACAAGAUUUGGAUCUACUUGAUAGCACCUAUAAUUGGUGCUGUUUCAGCAACAACGCUUUAUUUCUUCCACCUUUAUCCUUCACAAUUUAAUGGAGACAACAAGCAACAGAGCUCAUCAAUUUUUGAUGUUGGCACUAUAAAUGAAGUUUUCUUAAAUGAUGAUGUGGACAUUAGUAGGUUCUUCACCUUACUUCAAGAGCAUCACCUUCAAAUUCUCCAAAUCUUCAAGGUUCGGGGUAUGCAUCGAGUUGGAGACAUGUUCGAGAUAGUCGGUCAAAGGGAUAAGCAGCCUUCUUCGAUGUAUGAGGACCUCUGGGAUUAG